UUGUUUAUAAUGCUUUAAUGUCAAAAACUAAGAUGGUGGGAAUCAUUCUAAAAUCUUAUUUUCAGAUAGCAACUCUAUUUGUUCAAGGCAUACUUAUUAUACUAACUUAUAUGAGUUUGAAUAAAUGGAUAUAUUGACUCACCUAACAUCUUAGACCAAAUAAGAUAAUCUCACUCAUGAACUUAUAUAACCCUUCUCCAAACAUCAGCCAUAUACACACAGAGAGAUGGAAGCUGGGAAGCAAAGUGAUGUGGUGUUGUUUGGAACGUGGUAUAGCUCAUACUGCACCAGGAUUAUUCUAGCACUCAAAAUGAAAGGCAUAAACUUUGAGUAUGUGGAAGAAGAUUUAGCAAACAAGAGUGAAUUGCUUAUCAACUUCAAUCCAGUUCAUCAGAAAGUCCCUGUGCUCAUCCAUAAGGGAAAGCCAAUUGCAGAGUCCUUUGUCAUUCUUGAAUACAUAGAAGAGCAUUGGAAUCACCGUCCCAAAAUUCUUCCUGAAGACCCUUAUGAAAGAUCCAAAGUUCGUUUCUGGGCUCAAUUCUAUGACCAAAAGAUCAUUUUAGGCACCUUGCCAAUCUUCAAGUCCAAAGGAGAAGAAAGAGAGGCAGCUUGUGAGGAGCUAUCAAAACUGAUAAGGGUAUUUGAAGAAGGAAUGAAGAAAGAUUUUCCACGAAAAUUUCCCUUUUAUGACGGAAAAAACUUGGGACUUCUUGAUAUAGUUGUGGGGCCUAAUGCCUGCAACUAUUUGGCACUGCGUGAGAUUCUUGGAGAUGUAAUUGGCUCAAAAAGAAACCCUGAUUUUCUCUCAUGGGUGGAUGCUUUGAAGGACCAUCCUCUGAUUAAGGAAACUCUUCCUCCUCACCAUAAAAUGGUUCAGAAGCUGAAAGAGAAGAUCCCUCAAAAGCCUAAAGAUCACUGAACCACCACCAUGAACGAGCUGAAGGAAUAAUAAUACAGUUCAUGACUUCACGACCAAUAAGGGAUGAUAAAUGCAUGAACAAAGAUACGUGUGGCAAUGUGUUUGUGUUCAUAAAUAAAGGAUUCGUUUUCUCUUU